UAUCUCCCGCUACGUAGAAAACGAAGAAGAACAAAGCGGACGUUAGCAGCACCAAGAAGCCGAGAUAGGGGAGAGCUAGCUAACACUACUGUAGUCUACACAUUUCAUUGCUGAUUUUGUACUUAUUUCAACGCAUACGUGACGUGUGAUCAAUAAUUACAAUCAAACAUUGUUGGCGUUCUUAAGUUAGCCUUUUUUAGUGUGCUUGUGUUGCUAGCCGCCGAGGUUAGCCACGCGUCGCUAAGCAGUGAAAGCAGAUACCUUUUGUGAUUGUGUGCAAAAUGUGCAAAGUCCAAAAGCUGCGAGUGUUGAUGGAGCAGCGACUCAAUGCUGCCGUGGAAGAAAUAUGUGCACUGUUGGAAAGAACCAUGGCGGAGUACGAGGAGGAACUUUCUCGGACAAAAGAGGAGAAAGAGCGGCAAAGCCAAGUACUGGAGCCUCUUCCGCAACCUUGUGUAGACAACGCAGGUCUCCAGCAGGUGUCAGUAAAGCACCAAGAGGUUCAGUCUGAGCAGCAGGAGGGGAGCUCCAAUGUGGGGCAUAGCGAGCCAGAGCCCCCCCACUUUAAAGUGGAAAAGGUAGACGUGUGGGCCGGUCAUGAUCAGGAGCAGCUUCAAGGACCGGAGGAGGUGUACAUCACCAACUUCCCAUUUACUGGUAUCCCUGUGAAGAGUGAUGAAGACACAUCUCAGUCCUCACAGCUUCAGCACAGUCAAAGUGAGGAGAACAGAAGGGUGGAGUUUCUAGAUCAACACAUGACAACAGGAGAUGAUGGAGAGCUCUACGGAGGAUCAGAGGGAGACCUUUUGGCUCCACUGUCAGAUAUUGACGACAUGAUGUCACAUUCUUCUGAAACCAAUCACCACGACCCCACAGAACCUCUGGAGAGUAACACACACUUUAUCUGCACAGAAUGUGGUAAAACGUUUGCCACAAUGAAAAGUUUGAGGCUACACGCAAGAACCCACAUUCAACACAGCGACCGAGUGUUAAGCUGCCCUCAGUGUGAGAAAAUGUUUGCCACCAAGAAAAAUUUGAAUCGACAUAUGAUAACACACACUGGAGCGAGGCCGUUUGAUUGCUCAGUUUGUGGUAACAAAUUCUCCAGAAGUCACCACUUGAAACGACACAUGAAGGUACACACCGGGGAGAAGCUCUUCCCCUGUUCGGUUUGCACUAAAAGAUUCUUGAACAAGGGCGACAUGGUGGCACACAUGAAGACACACAAACAGGAGCAGGCUCUACCCUGCUUGAUUUGUGCCAAGGGAUUCUCCAAAAAAUGUCAUUUGGAGAGACACAUCAGAACACACACCGGCGAGAAACCAUUUUGUUGCACUGUGUGUGAUAAAAGGUUCUCUCGCAGAGAACAUAUAAAGUUACACAAGUGCACUGGUGAUUCAAGAGCAACUACUUGAGGAUACAGGACUUGAAAUGAAGCCUAUCAGCUCAUAGUUUUAGUUGAGAACAACAUAAAUGGUAGACUUUUUUUUUUUUUUUUUAGCAUGAAAGUUAAAGUACCACUGAUAGUCACACACACACUAGGUGUGGUGAAAUUACCCUCUGCAUUUGACCCAUCCCCUUGUUACACCCCCUCAGAGGUGAGGGGAGCAGUGAGCAGCAGCGGUAGCCGCGCUCGGGAACCAUUAACAUCCAACAUAAGCAUCCAACAUUUUGUAGUCUGAUUAAUACAGCAUCUUUCUAGACAUGUUGUAUAGUCCAAUGAGGGUAAUUAGGCCUUCUAAGAAUGAUAAAAAUGUUAAUUCUUAUAGCCAGACCUGUGUGUUGAUUUUCAUAACUGACUGUUUGCUACAGUCAGGUACAAACAUAGACUCAUACAUAGGCGCCGAUCCCGUGGGUGCUUCGGGGCCCGAGCAGGCGAGCACCCACGUGGAAUAGAUGGCAACUGUCAAUCUUUAAAAUUAUUUUAGAAAAAUCAAUCUUGUUGUAGUUACUUUUGUGGCGAGUUUGGUCAGUUUUUACAAAAUAAUAAAGCCACAAAUCAUAUGGGAUAUUAACUACGUCUAUUUUUUUUUUUUUGGCAGAAAUGUAGAUUGGCGCCUAUGGACUUAUAUGUCUGGAAAGAAGAAUACAAAUUACAUAAUGUUGUAUAUUUAUAAUUUCUGUAAUAAAAUACAUUUUCUCAAACUGAACAAAAUGUGUACCAACCACAUGAAUAAUAGUUUAGUUUGUAUAUCAGCUUACCUUAUUGAGACUGUAAUAAAACUUCAGCG